CAGUAAAAUCCCAAGAACUCCACACUGCCAAUCAGUUCUUCAAUUUCUGGGUUACAACUACUUUUCUGAAAAAGUGUAGAAGAAUCCAAUAUUUUUUAAUUUUUUUAUUUAUAUAAAUGAUUAUAUAGUUAAGGAAAAAAACAAUCUUUUUUAGUUAUUAGUUCAUAGAAUUAAGAAAAAUGCAGGGGUUGGCUCUUGAAACAUCUAAUUCUAUAGCAUCAAGUUAUGGGAAGAAAAAGUUUUCAUUUUUGAAUGUAUUGGAUUCAUUCCCUAGCAAACCAUCAAUACCCACAAGGAUAAUUUUGCCUUUUUCAUCUGUACAUUCAUCUUUAUUAAGAUGUACAGCACUCUCAAAGUUGCAGCGAAGGCAUAGUAGAAUUAUACCAUAUGCAUCUAAUGUUGGUGUUGGAUCUGGAAGUUUCGAAGAAAAUCAAGGAAACGAAAGCCACAAUGUUCCAGUCAAUCAGCCAUCUACCGAUGGUUCAUCGAAAAUUGAGGCACUUCCUAGUCAAAUUCCUUAUCCUCUCUCUAUAGCUCUUGUGCUAUGUGGAUGUGCUUUAGUAUUUUCACUGAUUGCCUUCACAAAAGGAGGACCUUCAUCACUCAUUGCAGCAUUUGCAAAAUCAGGGUUCACUGCUGCAUUCUCAUUGAUAUUUGUUUCUGAGAUUGGAGACAAGACAUUUUUCAUCGCUGCCCUCUUGGCCAUGCAAUAUAAGAGAAUCCUGGUCCUUUUGGGAUCAAUGGGUGCUCUUUCACUUAUGACAGUCUUCUCUGUCAUAAUAGGACGGAUCUUUCAUUCAGUACCUGCUCAAUUUCAAACAACCUUGCCUAUUGGAGAAUAUGCGGCUGUUGCACUCUUGUUCUUUUUUGGUCUCAAAUCAAUUAAAGAUGCAUGGGAACUUCCAAGCAACGAUGUUGAGACUGGUGAAAAGAGUAGUCAAGAACUUGAUGAAUUUGCAGAAGCUGAGGAGCUUGUGAAGGAAAAGGCAUCAAAACGGCUCACAAAUCCGCUUGAAAUUUUGUGGAAGUCUUUUAGCCUCGUAUUUUUUGCUGAAUGGGGAGAUCGAUCAAUGCUUGCUACAAUAGCACUUGGUGCAGCUCAGUCUCCAUGGGGCGUGGCAAGUGGUGCCAUUGCCGGACACCUGGUUGCUACAUCUUUUGCAAUACUAGGAGGCGGGUUUCUUGCCAAUUACAUUUCUGAGAAACUAGUUGGCUACUUGGGUGGUGUCCUAUUCUUAAUAUUUGCUGUUGCUACUUUGUUUGGAGUCUUUUAACCAAGUUUCACAGAAGAGCCAACGAAGUUGAGAAGUUCUAAGAAUUCUAUUAAUACUGGAUAGAUACGCGAGAAACGCUAGUGGUAAAGGGCAGGAAACUCCUGGUAUACCAUAGAUCAGUAACAUGUUCAUGUUUGGCAUAAAGCAAUGACAUUCUUGUACUAUCUGUAGGAUAAGUAGAAGAAACUAUAUUAGUGGUUCUAAGGCAACACAAGAGAGGUGUAUGUAUGUCUAAUCCUAUGGCCCCCAUCAGAAAUUCUUACUGACAGUUUAUGCUUUUCCAUGAUUGUUGUACAAGUUUUGUAUGAGUAUGUGAAAGAAUCAAGAUUUCUGUUCUUUCUGUUGUAAUAAGUUCUAGCACUUGUCAUUAAAGAGGACAAAAAGUUGUACUACUGUUCCCAAGUUGGCAUUGUUAAAAAUGUGCUAAUUUGAAUAGCAAAGAGCUCUUUUAACUUUGAA